AUGCUUUUGCCAAUAACAUUCCUCUCCGCCCUCAUCGCCCUGUCCACCACGCUCACCGUACCCACUUCGCCACACAUCUACCGCGCAACGCAAAGUAACAGUUCCUCCUUCUCACCUCUCCCACUCCUCAAACCCUUACCCAUCAAAUCCGACCCCACAACAUCACCAAACACCCUCAACCUCUACUCGCAAGCAAACACAACAACACCACCACCACCACCCACCAUCGUCAUCUGGCCCCAACUCCCCUUCACCACCGACACAGGCCGCCACCUCAACCUCACCAUCGCGCGCCUCGGCCCCAUCACCUCGCGCACGCGUCGCGGCGAACUCCUAAACGCCAUCAGCGACCUCCACCACGCCGUCGCCGCCGAAGGCGAUCCGUUCGAGCCCAUCUCCGGGGUGUAUGCGCGCUCCAGCGGGAUUGUCUGGACGGUUUUUGCGUGCAGGGGUGAGGUUGCGAUGAAGAGGUUUCAGGUGGCGCAGGUGUUGAGUAUGGUUUGGAUUCUCAUGGAGGAUUAUGGGCCGAGGGAGGUGGUGGGGAGUGAGAUUGUGAGUGCGGAGGGGAGGGGGUUGGCGAGUUUCGUGUUGAGGUUUUUGGGGGGAACUGAUCUCAAGAAGUUGCAACGGAAAAUGAUGAGAGAGGAUAGAGAUGCGGACGAAGAGACGCAAUUGGAGUUUCCAAAACGGUAUCUUUCUCUUCUAUCACUGGCCUUCUAUAGACUCGUUGACUACAAUGAAGACAUACAAUGGGCUAUGCUCGUGGCUCUAAAGUCUGUGAACGUUAAGGCAAGAGAUCUUGCUACGGCCCAGGCUCUUGAGGCGGAGGGAAUCACCGUGGAUUCCACUAUGGCACAAUCUUGGCCCGCAUGGAAGGAUGAUCAGCCAUUGAAGAGGAAGAAGGGGGAAACCACCAUAGCUGGGGAUCAGGCUAGGGCUGCGCCUCACGAGGAGAAAGAGGAUGUUGCUCCUGGUGAUGCCACCGACGGGCAAAACAAGCCUGAUCCUAGCAACGGACUUGACGGCCUAUUCGACCAUGACUAUGGUGACCACGAUGGCUACGAUGGCAGCGACUUCUUUGAUAUGGAAGCUCACUAA